AUGUCGCCUGAGCUGAAGGAGGAGCUCACUCGCCUUUGUGAGGCUGGCGACUCCGGGGAGAAGCUGGUCUGCGUCGCCCAGCAGAUCAUGCAGCUGCUUCGGCAGAAUGGGUUGGCGCACUCGGCCACCAUACCGGCCAAGAGGAUCGGUGUCCACCACCGAAACCGGGAAGGGUAUGGGAUCAACGUGGUGGACGUGCAAGAUCUGAUGCACGGAAUGCUCUCCGUCGGCUUUUGCUUCUCCCGCGUCCAGGCUAUAUGCGUGGAGUUGCCUGGGGCCGUCGUGCAGCAGUGCCAGGACUUCAAUGGAAGGUUGCUGAGCACUGCAGGGGGAGCCCUUGGCCAUCAGGAUAACACGGCCAUCAAGCAUGCGUCAAUUGCAGGGUCUCACACGAAUUUUGUGUUGAGACUGUUCCUUGAUGGGGUCCCGUCUGGCCACCCAGACGUGUCUGUGGAGGGCGCUUUGUGUUUGGAGCGGUUGAAAAUGAAAGACCCCAGCCUUCACAAAGCCUGCGUGGAGGGUCUUCGUUGGGAGGUGAUCCAGGCGGUCGUCGCAGAGCAGGUGCCCAAGACCAUCGAAGUGAUCCAGCGGGCAGGUAACACCACCUUGCACCGCCCAGAGCACGAGUUGCAGUGUAUGCUCCGCAUGCAUUCCCUGUGGCGGGCCAAGCGCGCAGCUGGCCUGACAGCAGACUACGCUGCCAUUCGGAAGCAAGCGCUUGCAAGCCAACCGCAGUGCAGCUCCAGUAUGCCAUCAAUGUUCGUGUUUUUGCUGAGGCACUGCGGCGGAGAAGAGGCGCCCCUCCUUGAGGAGACGCAGAGAUUUGUUCGGAGCAACAGCCCCAGCAACAGGUGCCUGCCCGCUCCUGUGUGGGCGCAGCUCAGCCAUGACGUCAAAGGGUCUGUGCAGCAGUUCUCUCGGUUCCGGCACGGCCUCCUCAAAUGCGCGUAUGUGCGUCAGAACAUCACGGAGACCACCGCACGCGCCAUGUCUGCCAAGACCAACCGGCCAUCCCUUGCGGCUGCUGAGGACAUCAUGUGCGAGAUGUCCAGGAUGGCGCUUGGGCUCAGUGAGGAGGUCCGGAGCAGGCAUGCGUUGGUCACUGCCACCAGCCUCACAGAGAUGGCCAUGUGCAGCUUUGUCCUGGGCUUGCGCCACGCGCAGGGCGAAAAGCAAUGGAAGAGUUUGCAGGCCAUCGCCCAUGACUGGGUCCAAGUGGUUCGAAUUGUGACCGGCAAGGACCUUGCGUCUCCGUGGAAGGAGUUCGCUCAGGGCGACGAUGCUGCCAGUUCCGGCAACAACCCCACAAAGCCAAUUUUGAGCCAUGUCUGCAUGGAACAUCCGCUACACAAUUGUUACGUUGAUGGUCAAAAUGUUUACAACCCUGCGCAUGUUCCCUGCACCGCUAUGCAUAUGCAUGCUUUCAGGAUGCGCGAGCUGAACGCUGACGGCAGCCUUAAGGAGCCUGCAGUGUUGUUGCAGGAGAUGGGCUUCGAAGCUGGCGCGCACGUCAGGCGCAGGGCUACGAAGGAGGAGGGGGUUCUGGACGACAUCAAGGGUGGCAUGGUCAGGGUUGACAUGGGCGGCGGCAUCCUGGCAAAGGUUGCCAUUGAAGAGUUCUUGCAGGGAGGUUGGGUGAUUUUCUCUCCCAAAGCUGGCCCAGUCUACUUGCAUGAUCCUACCAUAGCACCCCCCAGUUCCAACGACGAAUACAAGGCCCAGCACUUGCUUGCAACCAUUGUCUGUCAAGUCCACGACAUGGGCUCUGAGCUUGAGUUGCAGAACUGGGACUUGUUGCAAAUCCAGACAAAGCCCAACAAGACCGUCAGCGCCAAGGACAAGAUUUCGCGAGGCAAGCUCGUGCUGGUGCCGUGCUCUUGCAAAGUAGUUUGUUUGCCAAAGGCCAAGAGCAAAAAGGGGCCAGGCUUCGAGGUGUUGACUUCCUCGCCCACCCACACCUUCUGGAUCACGCCCAUGGUGCAGUUGCCGUCUGAGGAUGGCAAGGGCCAGCAACCCUUUGUGCACCCAGUCUGGUUCUUGCAAGCCUCCUCUGACGAGCAGGAUGUGAAUAUGCAGCUCCACUAUGUCAGCUGCAAGUCUGACAAGACCAUCCGCAUCCCCAUCCUGAAGAACACCAAGGACUUGCAGGCUGGCGACAUGCUGCUCUACUUGAAGUCCAAAGAGGAAAAGGCAGUGCCCCUUCUUGCCACUUCCCCGCAGAAGCGAUCUGCAGAGGAAGCUUCUCCGAAGAAGAAGGCCAAGGCCAAAGCCAAAACAGGCUCCAAGUGA